UGGUCACAAUUUAGCGUCACAGGUCACGUUAAAUGUCACGGGAUGAGCUCCAUACGAAUGUUUACGGAAUUCUGAUAAAAAGCUCACGAAGCUCGAAACGCUUAAACCUUAUUAAAGUCUUAUUUAUGAAGAAUUACCAUGGAUGAAGAUGGAUUACCGAUUGUGGGUUCGGGGAUAGAUCUUACGAAGGUUCCGGCGAUUCAGCAAAGAAGAAUCGUCGCUUUUCUCAACCAGUUCAUCGUCCACACUGUCCGCUUCCUCAACCGCUUUUCCACCGUGUGUGAAGAGAAACUUUCAACGAUUUCAUUAAGGAUCCAGCAAAUCGAAACAACCCUCAGCAUCUUAGAAACAAAGCUGUCCUCGAUCCCUGGCCUGGAGGACGUCACAGUGGAUGGAGUGGAUCAGAGGCCUUCUGCCGAGACCAACGGUCCAGCCGUAGGAUCCAGUGCUCCUGCAGGCUCAACUGCUCCUUCUCCUCCUUCUGAGGUUCCUGUACAAGGGCAAGAAGGCUCUCAGGGGCCUAAGGGAGAAUUGGCAGCAGACAAUGUGAUCACUGUAGCCAAGGACCCGCGAUACGCCAGAUACCUCAAAAUGGUGCAAGUGGGUGUUCCGGUCAUGGCGAUAAAAAACAAAAUGAUUCUUGAGGGUUUAGACCCCAGUCUCUUAGAUUCACCAGAUGCCCCGGUACCAGACUCUAGCAAGAAGGGGACUGAAGAACAAGAAGACGACAGCUCAGACAGCGAAUCAUCUUUCAGUGACUGAUUAGCCCCGCCCCUCUGACCUAAUCACCAUCUUUAUACUGAAGCUGCCUGCUGAGAGCUCGACUCUGUACAGGGUAAAUGUAUGUAGUGUACAUGCCCAUACCUCGGAUGCUCACACAAACUACGCUUGUGCCACACAAGCUGAUUAGAUGUGCCUUAGAUGCGACUGUGGGCAGCCUACACAUCUCUCUUUACAUAGUGGUAAAGAUUUAGAAAUAGACAAGAAGGUUCGGGACUUGUUUCUUAAUGUCGGGGGGGCAGUCGUGCUUUUGGUCAUUAAUGUUGAACUUUUUUGUAAGUGUGAAUGAUUUCCACCAGAUGUACACCGAUAUCACCAAACUAAUGUGUGGGACUUAUGAUUCCCAAGUUCUUUCAUUCAUAUCGUGAAACUAAUAUAUUUUGUAUAAACAGCUUGUUUAGUAAAUCAAAGUGAUCACAAGGUCCUAUUCUCAAGAAAAAAACAGGAUAACAUCACAUGCUUCUGUUUCCCAAUACAUGAGUCAUGCGUUUUGUGUAACCGCAUCCUUUUAUUGCUGGAUCAGUGUUCAUUGUGAAUAGGCAAUUACAGCAAUGUGGAUUAAAGUGCUUCGUAUCAUUACAGAUCACUGAUUGGAAUGAGCUCAAUUCAGUAUUCCAGGCCUGUGUGAUUAAAUAUUAGUAUAAACAGUAUACAAAAAUAAAAUUUGCUUAUAAAAAUCA